UCACUGCUCCUCCUCGCCACCACCCUCCUCAUCACUCAGGCUCAAGGCAUUGGCAGCCAGGACUGCUGCUUGAAGCACAGCCGGAAAGCCGUCCCCAGCAACUGGGUGAAGUCCUACAGUCUGCAGGGACCCGAGUCAGGUUUUUUGCUGCGUGCUGUCGUGUUUACUACCAAGAAGAACAAGAAAAUCUGCGCCUCUCCCACCCACCCUGCCGUCCAGAAGCUGAUGAAUAACCUGGACAAGAAAGUCAAGAAUGACAAGAAGGACAAGAAGAAGGGACCGUCCCCACGUCCCAGGGGCAGACCCAAGCGGCAGAAGCGGCAGCAG